AUGUUUUUUACCGCUCCAGCGCGGUUCCUGCGCCUAGCCCAGCGCCUGCUUCUGCAGGCUCCUUGUGUCGGGAGCGCCACUGAGACGGUUACCUUUCCCCGCCGCUAUGAGAAACCUCCCCCGGGGCUAAUAAAGGAGAAUGAAACAAAACCAGAAGACUGCAUCCCUGACGUACCAGGCAAUGAAAGCGCACGAGAAUUCCUGGCACAUGCCCCAACAAAAGGGCUUUGGAUGCCUUUGGGAAAAGAAGUUAAAGUUAUGCAGUGUUGGAGGUGUAAACGUUAUGGACACAGAACGGGAGAUAAAGAAUGCCCAUUCUUUAUUAAAGGCAAUCAGAAAUUGGAACAAUUUAGAGUAGCACAUGAAGACCCAAUGUAUGAUCUAAUAAGAGAAAAUAAACGUCAUGAAAAAGAAAUGAGGAUACAGCAGCUGAAGCAGCUCCUGGAAGACUCUACCUCAGAAGAUGAUGACAGUGAUGGCAGCAGUGAGGAUGAUGACGAAAGUAGCAGCAGCUCCACUUCCUCAGAAUGUAGAGAUAAACAUAAGAAAAAGAAGAGAAAGAAAGAAAAGAAAAAAAAAGAAAAGAAGAAGAAAAAAAAGAAAAAGCAUAAAUCUUCUAAAUCUAAUGAGAGGUUGGAAUCUGACUGACAGCAGCUGUCUGCUGCAUGAUUAUUGACCCCUAUUUGUGAACUGUGAGGAAACAUCCAAAGAAUGAAGAUACCACCACUGGGAAGUGCUUUGUGAAACUCAGAACGUAGAGAUAG